AUGGCAUCCUCCUCUUCAUCAUUUCCAUCGGAAAUUGUGGAAUAUGAUUCUUUGAAUGAGAAUGAACAUUCUUCCACAAGGGGGAGAUCAAGUGCUUCUUCAAGAUUGUUUGAUGUGUUCAUCAAUCACAGGGGACCUGACGUCAAACAUAGUCUGGCCCUCCAACUUUACAAUUCAAUCAAGAAAACGGGUUUCCGGCCAUUUCUUGACUCUCAAGAGAUUGAAUUGGGAGAUUCAAUUCCCUCUACUCUAAAAAAUGCCAUAUUUUCUGCAUCAAUUCACAUUGCCAUCUUCUCUCAGGGAUAUGCAAAAUCAGCUUGGUGUUUAGCAGAGCUUGUUCUCAUCCUCCAAUCUGGGGUAAAGGUCAUCCCUGUGUUUUAUGAUGUGGCUCCUUCCGAUCUCCGCUACAUUGGAAAGGAUGUGUAUGCAGAAGCAUUUGCCAAUUAUAAAGAGAAAGGUAGAUACCUCAGCCAAUUGGAGGCGUGGAAAAAAGCCCUCCAUUCUGUUUCAUUGAUCUCUGGCUACGAAUGCAACAAAAAUGAUAAUGAUCAUGAUAAACUAUGUGAAAUCAUCGUGUCUGCUGUGCUAAAAGAGGUUGAAAGGAUAAUUCCUUUAGAUGUUGCAAAACAUUCGACCACUCUAGCCAAAGAAUUCUUCAACCGCCAACGCUCAGAGUAUGAUAGAUCAACCUUUCUGUUUGAUGUGAGAGAAGCGGCUGCGAAAGGUGAAUUACCCUGCUUGCAAACUAAGCUCCUCAAGGAUCUGUUCAUUGAGGAUCAUCACAAGUUUCAGAGUACAGAUGAAGGAAUAAGUUAUCUCAGGUAUCGUCUGGGAAAGGCACUCCUUUUACGUUUCCUUAUUGUUGUAGACGAUAUUGAUCACAUAGGUCAGCUAGAUGCUCUACUAGUGACAGAUAGGCAUACCCUGAAUCCUGAUAGUUUAGUAAUUGUUACCACCCGGGAUGAAAGGUUGCUCAUUCAAGCUUCAAUUACUCUUAGAUAUAGGAUGAAAGAAAUGAAUGAUAAGCACAGCAGAGAACUCUUUUGUUGCCAUGCAUUCCAACAACCUUAUCCAAACAGGGGAUUUGAGGACUUGGUAGAGAGCUUUGUGAAAGGGUGUGGAGGUUUGCCUCUUUCCCUUCAAGUGUUGGGCAGGCAUGUUUCUGGUAGUUCAGAGCAACGUUAUUGGCAGAGAGAAUUAGAUAAAGUUCGUAAAACGCUGCCUGGAGACAUAAAACAAAGGCUUCAAAUAAGCUAUGAUUCUCUGGACAGAGAGGAAAAAGAGAUUUUUAUGGAUAUUGCAUGUUUCUUUGUUGGAAAACUGAAGAGCACUGCAAUAAGGGUAUGGGAGUGUUCAGGAUGGAAAGCAGAUCUUGCUGUUCAGAUUUUAAAGGAUAAGUGA